AUGAGGUCGUGGCCUCGCUCCGGCUACACCGUCAUGGCGUCGCAUCGAUACGAUGACGGGCUCGAACCGGCCCCUCAGAACUUCCCCGAAGUUGCUCCGCCGCAUACUCAUGAUUAUUAUGCCCAACAACAACAACACCAUCAGUAUCCGGAGGUUUAUCAAGACUCACCGCCAAUACCGAAACUUGGACCAUGGCCAUACUCGCCUCCUCCACCAUCGUCAGGCUAUGGCGGCGCAACCACGAUAGCGGGCUCGACGGUUGGAUCGCAGGCACAUGUGGCAGAUGCUCACACAACGCCAAAGAGUGGUGGGAAAGGGAGGAUGAUAUGCGGUUGCAGCCUGUUGACCUUUGUUCUGUCGUGUAUCAUCGCACUGUUGUCCGCUGCGGUAAUUGGCCUCGCUGCCGGAACGGGAAUCGAAGCGAGUAGGGCAAAUGAUGCUGUCACCAAGUUGGCAGCGUAUACUUUGGCCAACGCGGCCAUGUCAUCGACUUCAUGGUCGCCUGAAAUAUCGACUACGGCAACACCGACGUCCACGGGUGGUAUCGGCAGUGCCACUUCAUUAUCAGGGGUCGAAAUCGAUAGCGGCUGUGGCAGUCGGCAAGACAAGGUGAAUGGGACGGUUUACACGUCGCUUAAACCACUGGGUCAACUCAGGUACAGGAUCUACUGCUCGAGCGAUUAUGCCCGGGACACAUCCAAGACGAACGACUCGAUCUCCAUAUUUACGGGGGACUUUGAGGGAUGUAUGGAUGCCUGCGCGGCGUGGACCAGGUACGUGGUUCCAAAAACCGACAGGAAGGAUCCGAAAUGGAACUGCGAGGCCGUUUCUUUCAUUCCAGCAUGGACAAACAGGUCGACUGCCGCGGCGGGCGGCGCUACUGGAAACUGUUACCUGAAACCUGGUCCGGUAUCGAUAGACAAGCUUGGGAACAAGAACCUCAACGUCGAUGUUCAUGCUGCCCUUUGGCAGAGUGGUUGA